UCAGCUGUCAAUGUUGUUGAAUGUAAAUACAUUUGGGUCGAUUUUCCAUAAUAAACAAACCAAAUACAUUGAAUCGUUUCUAUUUAAAAUAUCUCCUAUUACAUAAAACCACAAUGGACGAGGACGAGCUUCUAAAAAAGAUUGAAGAUCCGAUGGAAAAAAGUGAAAAUAAGCGUAAUCGGUUUUUAUCGUUGAAGUCAAAAAUCGAUAUAUUAAAUAAGCUAGAAAGAGGAGUACGGCCAAUUCAUAUUGCCAGUGAAUACGGGAUUGCACUGUCAACAAUUUCAAGACUGAAAAAAUGUAAGACAUCUCUUGAAGAAGCCAUGUACAUAUAUCAAAAUAACUCGGAUCGGCGAUCAUUGCGUGGCACAUUCCAUCCGAAAAUGGAAAGUGAACUUCACAAAUGGUAUCUGGAGCAAAUUCAAAACGAUGUUCCUGUAACCGGAUCUGUAUUGCGAUUGAAGGCGCGUGAACUGAAUAAAAAGAUCAAAGAAAAUGAUUUGGAAUUUCGGGCUAGUGCUGGAUGGAUGGAAAAAUUUAAAAAACGUUACGGAAUUCGACUGAAAAGCUCGAGAGGUGAGAGGCAAAGAACUGAUAACAUCGCAUUUGAUUACGAUGAUCACGAUAAGGAUGCGAAUGAAACAAAACCAGAAAUUGUCAUUAUAAAAACCGAAGAUGUUGUAUAUGAACCGGCAUUUGUGACUGUAAAUAAUGUAGAAGAUGAUCCACCGACUGUGGAUGUGAGUAAUAAAGGUGGACAUUUCUCAAAAGUCAUACAAUCUGUGGACGAUGUGAUUAAAUGGAGUGUAGAAAAUGAAAUCGAACCGUUGUACUUAACAAUGCUGAAGAGCUUACGUGAACGCAUACGAUAUAAGGCUAGAAAUUAAGAAAAACAUAUCUUUUGUUUCUCUAAGGAACAUAGUUCCUUAUUGGUUAAGGUGAGUUUUCACAAUAACGAAGAUAUUGUAUUCAAUUGUCAAAAAACUUGCAGCGAAGGUAAAAACCAGAGUCAUAACGAUUUUAAAUCGAUGACCAUUCAAAUAGUUCACAAAAUGUAUUUAUUCAUCAGUCAAAUAAGAAUGGAGUUGAUCCUCUCUAUUUU